AUGAAUCUAUAUGGAGCAACAUUCGCAGGUUCGCUGCUGUUAAACAGCUUAGUACUUUUGCAGACAUAUCGAUCGCGCCAAACAGAAAGCGUGGAUAGCCAUAACCCAGAGAAGGUCGAACAUCGAGGUCGCGUAGAGUUCGACAGAGAUAGCUUGCGCAAGUUGAAGUUACGCUUCUUUCCUAUAUAUUUGCUCGUCAAUGCUGCCGACUGGCUCCAAGGGCCCUAUAUCUACCCGAUCUACAAAGAUGAAAAGGGUCUUCCAGAAGAGACAGUCGCGUUCCUCUUCCUCAUUGGGUUCGUCUCAGCAGGCAUAUCUGCCUCAUUCGCAGGAACUUUCGCGGAUCGCUACGGUCGCCGAACAGUAUGUCUGGCAUACUGCGUGCUGUAUUCGUUCUCCAGCUUCACUCUACUUGCUGAAGACAUUCGAGUCCUAUUCCUCGGCCGCGUACUCGGAGGAGUCUGUGGAACUCUUCUUUGGAGUGUAUUUGAGAGCUGGCUGGUUGCGGAAUUCAAUCAGUUGAUGUUGGAGGACACAAGCUCAGUACUCGAUGGCAUCUUCAGCGCAAUGACCAUUCUCAAUAGCCUUGUCGCUAUCUGCGCUGGUGUACUGGCCGAGUGGCUGGUAGGCGUAUCAGGUACUGCCAAAGCGCCAUUCCUUGCCUCUUUUGGAUGUCUUUCAGUAGCCUCUGUUGCGAUCUCAAAGUUUUGGGGUGAGAACUAUGGCGCGAGCCACCGUGAUGUAUCCGAAAAUGCAGCGCUGCUUCAGCAAGAAGAGGCAGAGCCGACUGUGAACACAACAAAAUCGACUCUCAGAUAUAUCCUAAGAGAUACAAACAUACUUGUACUCGCCUUAGUAUCGUGCUUCUUCGAAGGCUCACUGUUCUUGUUUAUCUUUUUUAAAUUCCCAGCGUUGAAGCUGUCGCACGAGCUUGCAGGCUCGAAAGAUCAUCUUCCUUUCGGCCUGAUCUUUGCGAUCCUCAUGUGCUCCAUGAUGCUCGGUUCUCUGCUGUAUAACAAUAUCACGACAUCUUCGACCUUUCCAGCAAAGAGGGUUCUUAUGGGCACCUUAGCGGUUGCGUCUGUAUGCUUCUUCAUUCCGGGCCACUUCCGCGACGAGUGCAUCACAUUGUGGUGUUUCUGCAUGUUUGAACUUUGCUGCGGUGUUUACUACCCAGUCAUGGCAUCGAUCAAGGGCAAACUCAUAGAUGACAGCUCACGAGCGAGCGUAUAUACAGUACUGCGCAUCCCACUGAACGCUUUCGUAGUGCUUGCCUUAAGCACCACAAAAGAAGGCGAAUCACACCGUGAUGCAGUGUUUACAACAUGCAGUGGUUUGUUGUUGGUAGCUGCGCUUGUUGUGCAUAAGAUCCUUGCUUAA